AUAAAGAAAUAAAAAACCGUGAUAAGAAGCAAAAGAAAAAACAAAACAUUUCUCACCGGAUGUGACCCGAGGCUCUCUGCGAAUGUUGACAUGACAAAUCAUCAUUUAAACUGACCCUUCUCUCUCUCCGCUCUCUGACUUCACUAUUUAACCCAAACAGAUUACAAAAUGAUAAUUCAAGUUGACAGCAUUUUAUUUGGGGUACUACUUUACUGCUCAUGCUGGGUACAUGUAUUUAGCCAUGUUAAUCAAGGGUACCCACCCGGUGUACCUCCUGCAACUGGUGUUCCACAACAAAUGCAGUAUCAGCAGCAGCAACCUCCACAGUACCAACAGGCCCCUGGUAACCAACAGUACCAACAACCACCCUCUGGUAACCAACAGUACCAACAACCACCCUCUGGUAACCAGCAGUACCAACAGCCCCCUGGUAACCAACAGUAUCAACAACCACCCUCUGGUAACCAACAGUACCAACAACCACCCUCUGGUAACCAGCAGUACCAACAGCCUCCCUCUAACCAACAGUACCAGCAGCAGCAGCAUGGUAACCAGCAGUACCAACAACAACAACAACAACAACCGCCACAAGGGUCACAUGGACAUGGACAUACACAUGGUCAUAGCCAUAAUUUCAAAGACGACUCACAUGAUCAAGCACAUAUAGCUGAGCAUUUGAAAGAUUACGCUCACAAACCUGUUGAUCAAAUGACAGACGAAGAAAUGGAGUUUCACUACUUUAAACUGCAUGAUUAUGAUGACAAUAAUAAACUAGAUGGAAAUGAAAUUACUUCAGCGAUAACUCACUUCCAAAGAGAAGACCACCAAGAUGCAAAUGCCGCAGCAGCUCGAACAAUGUCGGAUACGGAGAUCUCGGAUAUUGUUGAUAUGGUAUUAAAAGAAGAUGACCUAAAUAACGAUGGGUAUGUUGAAUACUCAGAGUUUGCAACAGCCCAACGGAGGGCGAAAGCCAACAUGGCAAAAAAUGAAGUCCAUAAAUAACAGUUCAUAUUCAGAUCAUUUCCAACUAUUUUGUAAAUUAAAAACAAAUGAGUUGUUUCAUCUAAAAAUUGCUGUUAGUAUUCUUGAAUUAUUUUUAAUAUCAACUCAAAAAAGUUAAGAUUUAAUGUUACAUACACAGAGUUU